AAGAUGUCAAACGUGCGAGUGUCUAACGGGAGCCCGAGCCUGGAGCGGAUGGACGCCAGACAGGCGGAGUACCCCAAGCCCUCGGCUUGCAGAAACCUCUUUGGCCCGGUCAAUCACGAAGAGUUAACCCGGGACUUGGAGAAGCACUGCAGAGACAUGGAAGAGGCCAGCCAGCGCAAGUGGAAUUUUGAUUUUCAGAAUCACAAGCCCCUGGAGGGCAAGUACGAGUGGCAGGAGGUGGAAAAGGGCAGCCUGCCCGAGUUCUACUACAGACCGCCGCGGCCACCCAAAGGCGCCUGCAAGGUGCCGGCGCAGGAAGGCCAGGAUGCCAGCGGGGCCCGCCCGGCGGUGCCUUUACUUGGGUCUCAGGCAAACCCAGAGGACACGCAUUUGGUCGAUCAGAAGACUGAUGCCCCGGACAGCCAGACCGGGUUAGCGGAGCAGUGCCCUGGGAUAAGGAAGCGACCUGCCGCUGACGAUUCCUCUCCUCAAAACAAAAGAGCCAACAGAACAGAAGAAAAUGUUUCAGACGGUUCCCCCAACGCCGGUUCAGUGGAGCAGACGCCCAAGAAGCCCGGCCUCAGAAGGCGUCAGACGUAAACUACUCGAAUAUGAGUAUGUUUCCUUGUUUAUCCGAUACAUCACUGCUUGAUGAAGCAAGGAAGAUAUAAAUUAAAAAUUUGAAAUACAUAUCUGACUCCAAGAAUGGACAACCUUGACAAGCACUGAGCAGCAACAGACUUAAUAACACUAAAGUUUUAGGCACUCUUAAGUCAUCUGCCUCUAAAAGCAUUGGAUGUAGCAUUGUGCAAUUAGGUUUUUCCUUAUUUGCUUCAUUGUACUACCUGUGUAUAUAGUUUUUACUUUUUAUGUAGCACAGAAACUUUGGGGAAGGGAGGGCCGGGGAGCAGGGGGACUGAGGAAUUGGCAUGGGGGGGGGGGAGCGGGGGCGGUUGAAGAGCUUGCUUCGAUUUAGAGCAAGGACAAAAAUAUUUGACUUGCAUGAAGAGAAGCAGUUUAGGGGAAGGGUUUGAAUUAUUUUCUUUAAAGAUGUAAUGUCCCUUUCAAUGAAAACUGAUAUUUCAUUUUAAAAAAUCAUCCAAAUUUGAACACUGGCUGCAGAUAAUUGCUAUUUAUUUUUACAUGAAGUGUUUUCUCAUUUGGGAGCUCUGAUGAUUCCGUUAUGUAGUAGCAAAUGGCUUUUUUUUUUUUUUUUUUUUAAACAACAACAAAAGACUCCUCAGUGCUCCCCACUAGUCUCCCUUACAGUUGGAAUUUACCAGUAUUCAGCAGUCUGGUAAUCACUCCAGGUACCUCUGAGCAAAACUCUGGCAUGUAUGUGGGGAGUGUUCUGAAUGCUCAGAAUUAACCAUUUAAUUUUUAUCAGAUUUUUGAGAACAUUUCUUAAUUUUCUUUUCACUUCAGGGUGUGUAGACACAGUCAAAAUAAUUCUAAAUCCUUGGAUAUUUUUAAAGAUCUGUAAGUAACUUGACAUAAAAAAUAAUGAAAUAAUUUUUAAUUUACAGCUUCUCAUUCUGUUUCUUAAUUUGUCCAAAGGAUAGUGGUAUUUUUAAAGGAAAAGUGAAUAUAGAGAAAAGCACCCGUGGGUAGGCAAAAUGGAUGCUACAUCUUUAAACAGUAUUUUUACAUUGCCUGUGUAUGUGUAUGAAACAAAACCAUUUGAAGUGUACCUGUGUACAUAACUCUGUAAAGACACUGAAAAUUAUACUAACUUAUUUAUGUUAAAAAGAGAUUUUUUUUUUUAAUCUAGACAAUAUACAAGCCAAAGUGGCAUGUUUUGUGCAUUUGUAAAUGCUGUAUCGAGUAGAGUAGGUUUUUCCCCUUCUUCUGUUCUUCUGUUAAAUAAUAUGGCUAUGCUUAAAAGGUUGCAUACUGAGCCAAGUAUAAUUUUUUGUAAUGUGUGAAAAAGACGCCAAUUAUUGUUACACAUCAAGUAAUCAAUAAAGAAAACUUCCAGAGCUA